AUGUUUGACGUCAGUUCACUGAUACACUUGGGAAACAGCAACUCCGUGAAAAACAGUAUCGCGGGGGACCUGCACAUGUACAUGUCAAAAAAAAGAAAAAACGGAAAGGAGUAUUCGUCCCCCUUCACACGUCUGCAGACAAAUGAUGCAGAAAAAAAUAAGGAUAAUAAUUCAGCUAUUAUACUAAACACAUGUGGUGAUAAUUGUAACUGGCUGAAAUGUUUUUGUUUCAUUAAAUCCAAUUUAUUUUAUGUGUAUAAAGUAAGGGGAGAUUACAAGCCUUUUAUAAUUUUCUUGUUAGAAGGGAGUGAAGUACAAGUAAUUAAUUAUCACCUAGCUUUAAAAAAUAAGAUAAUUAAAGAAACAAGAAAUUUACAACUGGGAGAAAAUCAAGAUAUCAUCCACAUAAAAACAGCUGCAUUUGGAGCUGAACACACAUACACAUUUUAUUCCUCUGAUAAAGGAACCAUAAAAAAAUGGAUGCGAACUCUGAAUAAUGCUAAUUUUUCUGCUUUGAAUAAUAAUGUCAAACUUAUAAGUGAAGAAAAUGGGGAAAUCAGAAUAAACAUGGAAAAUAUAAAAAAACUCAGUGACAUAGAAUUGAAAAAUAAGGAUAUCCAAAUAGCAAGCUUGAAUGAAAAAAUAAACUCUUUGAAGGUUGACCUAGAAAAUGUCAGGGCAAAGAACAAGCGUCUACAAAUAGCUGCGGAUGUGAAUAUAAAAAGUGCCGAUGAAUUAUUGCAGAAAAAAAUUUCAGAAAUCGAGUUUAUCCACAAUGAAAUGGAGACAAAAAUGGAUGAGAUAGAACGGCUGAAGGAAAAGGUAAAAAAUGCAACGUCCGAAUGUGAGAAAAAAACAAAACUUAUAAACGAAUUAAAAGCAGAAAGAGACGUUCUCGAAAAGCGACUAAAGGAAAUAAUGAGGACGUACGAAGAAGCAUGUAGAGAACCAGAAAAAAUAGCAUUAGUAAAUUUUAAUACUAAUGAAAGAUACCAGAAAUUAGUAGUAAACCAUAAACAUUUGAAAGAAGACUUAAAUAAAAUGAAUGAACGAUUUUAUGAAUUAGAAGAUGCAUAUAAAGAUAAAGUAAAAAGAAUUAAAGAGGUUGUAGAAAUAGGAGACAUAUUUGAUUAUCUUCAUAAAUUAAUUAUAUUAUGUCAGACGAAAAUAAAAUUUUAUGAACAAUGUCAUAAAUAUAAUGAAGAAGAACAAAAAGAAAUAACCAAUUUAAUAUCUUACAUGAUAAAAGAAACGAAAUUAUCUGAGGCAAAUGCAAGAGUAUGCUACAUUACUCAUAGGUCUAAAAUAUUAGAAGAAAGAUUACUUUAUUAUAUUAACCGAAAACAACCAUCUGAUUAUUUUCAUUUUGCAUGCACUACAUUAAGGAGGUUAAGUUGGGUAUUUGGAGAAAUUGAAGUUUUGAAACCUAUGCAAGUAGAUGAAAAACAUGAAGAAGAAUAUCCCAUAUAUUCAUACAUAGAUGACAUGAACGUGAUUCCAAUGAGAGAAAAAAUAUAUUUCAAUGAAGGUUUAGAAGGAAGAUCUAAUUAUCAAAUUGUAAACGAUGUUGAUGUCUAUUCUAUACCUACCAAAAUGUGUCCUUAUGAUGAAAAGAUUCUUACAGACAACAAAUAUAAUUACAUUAAAAUAAAAUUAACUGAUUUAAAGAAAGAUUUUAAUAUAAUCAAAAAGAAAAACAAACCACAGAACAGACAUAUCAUAUCUGACUUACAGUGGGAAGAAAUUAAAAGAAAUGCAUACGAAAGGAUGGAGAAAAAUAUGAUCAUUUUGGACAUGCAAAUCUGUGACACAACAAUUAGAUCAUAA